AUGACUGAUAAUGGAUUCCAUAAGAUGUCGAGCGUAGAUCAAGCGGAUAAGAUACGGAAAGCCGGCGUACAAUUCAUAUACGUGGCAGUUGGGGAAACAAUUAAUCCAAAGCAUUGGAGAUAUAAUACGACCAAAUACGAUAUUAUAGCCAUUGCUGGAGGAGAAGAAAAUGUUAUUUAUGCAGGCGAAUAUAAGGUCUGGAAUUAA